GCUUCGCGUCUUGAUGCGUCGCGUCCGUCACUUGAUACCCGAACAUACAAACCUGGAGAUGCUCUCAGUAUCUACCGGACGUGCUGGAUGCUAUAAUGGGCUAAUCCAAGUAUCGAAGAAGUCGUGUCCACGCCCGAAAAGGUUCUUGCAUUUGAGACAACAUGAAAAUGGCCAGCGCGGCCGCUUGAGAUCACCUAGAGGAUCACUCCAAGCAUGCUCAGGUGUUAUAACCACCCGAGGGGUCAAAACCCAUUCUGUUCUGAACUUGGAUCUACUAGCUCGCGAUGACAAUGCUUCUCCUGAUCAAGUUCCUACAGAAGUUGAAAAGGCAUAUCCUGCUGUGGUCCAGCAAGCCUCGGACAACAUGCAAAAGCAUCCCCAAUGCGUGUUGCUGACCCGGGUCGGUGGAUUCUAUGAGCUUUACUUUGACCAUGCAGAUACAUACGGGCCUCUUUUGAAUCUCAAAGUCGCACAAAAGAAGACAAAGGAGGGUCCCGUUUCCAUGUCAGGGUUCCCAUACUAUCAGCUUGAGCGCUUUUUGAAGAUCCUCGUCCAAGACAUGGGUAAGCAUGUCGCCAUCGCAGAUGAAUUCCCAAACGAUGCAGCAAAGAUGAUCAAGUCUGGCGGAAAUCUCUUUGAUCGAAAGAUCUCCCGCAUCAUUACCCCGGGUACUCUUAUAGACGAACAUUUUAUGGACCCAUUCCAGAGUAAUUAUCUUCUAAGUGUUCACGUCGACGCGGAUUCCAUUCAUAUUCAAAGUACCCCAGAAGGACUGGUAAUACAAAGUUCUCUGCCGGAUCGUCCUGAUACUGAGUCAGCAAUAGCUGGAUUAGCUUGGCUAGACCUAUCCAGUGGUGACUUCUUCACUCAGAUGACACCGGUAACACUUCUGUCGUCGGCAAUCGCCAGGAUACGGCCCCGGGAGAUCCUACUGGACGCUUUUCUAGAAGAUCCUCGAUACUCUAAGCUUGUACAACCACUCAAGGCAGAGGGCCACGUCCUUACUUUCCAAGAAUCACCAACAAUUGUGAAGAAGUCUGAUUGGCAGAAGAUGUUUAAAGAAGCUGUCGGGUCUUCGAGCUCGACCAAAUUCUCCCAGCACGAAGUGGCUGCAGGUGCAUCUCUCUUAGCUUAUGUAAAGACUCAGUUGCAAGGUAGUCAGACACAUCUCCAAGCUCCUGUACAGCACCAACUUGCCGACUUCAUGAGCAUAGAUCGUAAUAGCUUUCGGGCGUUGGAAAUUAGAUCAACUCAACAUGAUGGUACUGCUAAGGGCAGCUUAUUACAUGCUGUCAAAAGAACGGUAACACCUGAUGGCACUCGACUCCUUGCUAGUCGUUUGACUGAGCCCUCCUUAUCUCUUAGCGUCAUCAAUGAGAGACUUGAUCUUGUGUCACUUCUGAAGGAUCACGCCUCCAUUCGAGAGACAAUUACUGGAUACUUGCGACUUACUUCGGACAGUCCACGACUCGCAUCCAAAUUCGCUUUAGGUCGUGGAGACGCCGAUGAUCUCAUUUCAUUAGCCAAGACUAUUGAUAUUACAAUAGAUCUAGCGAAGUCAAUUAAGGCAUUUCUGGGCUCAAACGCAGUGCAAACAUCGUCGUGUUCCAAUGGAAAUGGCUCGACACUGUCUUCUUGGAGAGAUUCUCUACAAAACUUACUAAAAAGACUCUCUCUUGAUGGCCCACGUGCACUUGCCACACGUAUCAAAGACUCUAUAGAUGAGGACGGUCUCUCAAGACAACAUCAGAUGGAAGAUGAAACGACGGAAGUGCUUGAAGCUAUGGCCCAGGAUGUCGUCGGAGCGCAGGCGAACGAGCUGGAGAUCAAACAGCUCCCCAAAAGACUGCAGCCGAAGAAACAACAGCGAAUAAUCAGCAGUAGCACUUUAUCCGGUAGUAGUCAAGAGCCUUUCAUUAUGCGUCCGGACUCAAGCGACGCCCUGAAGGAAUUGCAUGAACAUCUAGAUGACUUAGAGGAGCAACAAGAUGAUCUUCAGAAUGAACUCCGUCAAACCCACGUCGCCUCCAGUCUCACUCUGAGAUGGACACCUGGGCUGGGACACAUUGCUCAUGUGAAAGGGAAAGAUCGGGACAAGCUCAAAGCCUUGGAUAACAGACAGCCCGUCAGCACAUCCAAGUCGACCAAAUCUUUCUAUAUCACUGCUUGGACAGAGUUGGGCAAGGAUAUGGAUGAGACGAGGUUCCGCAUUAGAACGGAAGAGCAACGUGUCCUGUCAAGCCUGCGACAAGAAGUUGUGCAGAAUCUUGUGAAGCUUAGAAGAAACGCUUCUGUUCUGGCUGAGCUCGAUGUUUCAUCCGGAUUUGCGGAACUUGCUGCCGAGAAAGAAUGGAUAAGACCGAUACUGAAUGAAGGCGUAUCCCACAAUAUCAGCGCCGGAAGACAUCCCGUCGUUGAAACAGGCUUAUCACGUCAAGGAAGAACCUUCACCAGCAACGACUGCACUGUCGGUGAAGACGAAAGGAUAUGGCUUAUCACUGGACCAAACAUGGCCGGCAAAAGUACUUUCCUGCGACAAAAUGCACUGAUCAGCAUCCUUGCUCAAACUGGAUCUUUUGUACCUGCCGGGAGAGCUGAAAUUGGUCUUGUAGACAAGAUCUUUACCCGCGUAGGCUCUGCUGAUAAUCUCUACCAAGAUCAAUCAACCUUUAUGGUGGAAAUGGCUGAGACAGCGGAGAUCUUGAAAGAAGCCACGCCUCGAUCCUUUGUCAUCAUGGAUGAAGUCGGCCGAGGUACCACCCCUGAAGAUGGUGUUGCAGUUGGGUACGCGUGCCUCGAUCAUCUCUACCGUAUCAACCGUUGCCGAACCAUCUUCGCUACCCACUUUCACACCCUGGCGGACAUGACGAAAGGCUUUGACAAGCUGGGCUGUUAUUGCUCAGAUGUCUCAGAGCAGGAGGAUGGCAGCUUUUCCUACGUCCAUCGGUUGCGAGCCGGGGUGAAUAGGCAGUCUCAUGCUCUCAAAGUUGCGCGAGUCGCCGGAAUGCCAGAAGAGGCGAUCAAGACAGCAGCAAAAGUUCUUGCAGACCUGAAAGUCCCGACCACCAGCUUGUCCACCUAAAUGUCGACAACUUCCUCCCCUCAUUCUGUUUUGAUUAGCCAGGUGUGAACAUGCUGCCACUAAACCGUACAGGCAAGGACACUAGCUAUAUGUAGAAGCAUUGUAAGAUACUUGUCUUUGGAUAUCGACGCAACUGUAGUAAUACUACUUUGCCAACCAAGAGAUUAUACCCCCAAAACUUGUAUAGAUACCAAUAAUUAACGCCAAU